CGCCCCCAAUAUACAGGAUUAAGCCGAUGGGGUUAAUCCGAAGGCCUUGUACUGUGGUUGGUGCAUUCGGUGAUAGCUGCGGCCACGACCAACGACUGAUCUUGACCUCCUGUUUUGCGACUCUAAUUAGACGCUGCCGAAUUGAGGGUCGAUGGAGUCUUCGAUUAAUGGUUAGUAGCUUGUUCACUGUUCGAUUAAUGAUUAGUUAAUUAUUCUAUGUAGCAGCAGUUUUGCACACAUUACGUGUGUUUUAUCGCUCAGAUUGAGCCGAUGGCCGACGUUCCGUCGAAAAAGGCGCGCAAGACCUACUUGCACCAUAGCAAGGAACUCGGCGUGCCGAAAACGACUUUUUACAGACGUUGGAAAGAAGGCGAGGAGAACGCGGAUUGUUCCAGCGCACCGAGCAGCGCAGAGCCAUCUACGUGCGGGGAUGACGCUUCGCCUUCCUGCACCGGCGACGAUCUGUCCCGCGAACCCUCACCCGUCGGGUCUGAAGAAAGCUGCAUGUUUCGCGAGGAAGCAGAAGACUGCGACGACUCAGUUGAGAGUGGAUCGCCGCCGCCUCUUAUCGAAGAGGAAAUAUUGGCCAAUACAUUUGCUGCACUCAGCUCGGAAACGCUGCCAAACCUUGGUACGUCCAAGGCAGGAGCUGCUGCUAUGGCCAUGUCAUAUGCAGUUACGCAUGGCUUGACGUGGACAGCGUUGGGCAAUCUGGCUGCGCUGGUGAACAGCAUCGCAGGAGCUGACGUGUUGCCACGCAACAAGUACGCAUUUAGAAAGCUGUGGUCAACAAAGAAAAGCGGCUUAGUUACCUAUUGGUACCUUUGUGAUGUUUGUCAGGCUGUGUUGACAGUGGAAAACGGCAACGCACUAUGCACUGUCUGUGGCACCAAAGAAAAUGUCACCAAUGUGCAUGCAAAAGGGUCAUUUUUUGUGACUUUAGACACAGCAAGUCAGCUUUGCCUUCUCAUUGACAGGACAAAGGAAAGCCUGGAAGAAGGGUUGUUGAAGAGAAGCCAGCGAUGUGAUGCUGUCACUGACAUAACAAGUGCUGCUUGCUUUCAUGAGCUUAGCAACGCUGAGAACUUGACUUAUGAUGACUUGACUCUGACCAUCAACACAGAUGGAAGUCCAGUUUUCAAGUCCUCCAAGACAUCAGUGUGGCCUCUGCAAAUUGUGGUGAAUGAGCUACCACCUGCCAAACGACUUCAAAAUCCUGUUCUGACAGCACUAUGGUUUGGGAGAACCCACCCGAAUAUGCAGACAUUUCUUGCAAAGUUUGUUGAGCAGGUAAAAAGUAUGAAGCCCAUAUCAUGGAAGACUGCAUCAUCUGUACACCAAUCUAGAGUAUUUGUGCUGUGCUGUGCUGUGGAUGCACCUGCACGUGCUGCCGUUCUGAACAUGAUUCAGUUCAACGGUCUGCAUGGCUGCCCUCGGUGCCUCACGAUGGCAACGCAUAGAGAAGGUGGCAUGCGCUACAUUGACCAGCCGGCUGAGGAAAGGACACAUAGUCAAGUAAUCAGAGACAUGCAUAUUGCAUACAUCACAGAAAACACAGUGAAUGGUUUCAAGGGCCCAUCGGCUUUAAUGAGCCUUAAAGGUUUCAACCUUGUCAAGGGAGUCAGCGUCGAAUACAUGCACUGUGUUCUGCUAGGAGUCACAAGGCAGAUAAGCGAGGCCUUGUUCAGUACAACUAACUGUUCUGAACGGUAUUACGUCGGCAGCCCAUCAUCUGUGAGAGAAGUUAAUAACCGCUUGUUAAGCAUUCAACCUCCUCACUGCAUCACACGUCUACCUCGUCGCAUCGAUGACAGGGCUCAUUGGAAGGCUUCAGAAUGGAAGCACUGGCUUCUUUUCUACGCCCUGCCAUGCCUUGAUGGCCUGAUCCCCCAUGAGUACUGGCGUCACCUCGUAAAGCUGUCGGAGGCAGUACAUAUUCUGCUUAGAGAAGAGAUAUCUACUCAGCAGAUAGACCAUGCAGGCCAUGUGGUCCUUAGGAUGCCUCAAAGUAGGUCUCUGCACAACAGUGACUGUGUCAGCACAAAUAUAGAAACACAAGUGCAAUCCUCGCACAACACCUGGCACGCUAACACAGCAGCAGAGCGCCUUCUGUCAAUGUUUGCAGCACGCUGUGAGGCACUGUAUGGUGUGACAGCAGCGACGUUUAAUGUGCACCAGCUCUACCACCUUGCAGAGAGUGUUCGACAUUUGGGGCCAUUGUGGGCCCAUUCUGCCUUUUCAUUUGAGAGUGGGAAUGGGCAUCUUGUAAAGUCGGUGACCGCUGCUCAUGGCCUGCCCCAUCAGAUUGUUGAGCGUGUGGUUAUGGGGCAAUAUCUAGAGCACUUCAUUGCCACUGCAAAUAUCUCGGAAGAGGACAGGGCAGUUUGUGAUAGUUUCCUUGGACACCCACAUAUCAAGAAUGCAGUUGAAGAAGGUGGUGCAACGUUUCUUGGCUUGAACAAGCAUGCAACACUCAGUGCUUCCGAAAUGCAAGCACUCAAUAAUACUGGCUAUGGUGGCAGUAGUAUUGAGUGCUACGAGAGGCUUGUAUUUAAGAAACAGAUGUACCACAGCACACUGUACAAAAGGCCAACUAAAAGCGACAGCACAUUUGUGCAAACAUCAGAAGGCUUCUUCCGCAUAGAGAAAAUGGUUCGUGUGUUGUUGAGGGCAGGUCACACUUGCUUGCUGCUGUGCCGAGAAGUCCUUUUCCUGGAUGACCAACGCUUUCCGCAGCACAUCCGGCCAUGUUUCCUGUCAGCAAAGGCUCCACCAAAAGUUCUCAGGCCAUCAGACAUUUUAAAAAGUUGUGUGUACCUAGAAUUCAGCAACACACGCAAAGCAUUUUUGUGCCCUAUGCCUAACAUGAUUGAGAGAGACUGAAGAAUAGAGUGAUGCGCCAGACAUAUUACUGUUUUCUGGAUUAUUGAACUGCAUUCUGGAGACGUGUGUGCCACUUUAUUUAUUAAUGGAACAUAAUGGGACAUGAAAAAGAAAAAAUGAUUUCACUUUCAUUAGUAAAUUACCCUUAUACGAUACCAAAAAUGCCACCCUUACUGCAAGAGGCUUGGCAAGUGGAAAAAGGCACAAAAAGGAAAAAUGAGUAGCACUGCCGCCUUAAAGUUCUCACACCAGCUCAGUGUGAUGUUAUAGAUUUGGAUGGUGUCUGCUAGGGCCUAGUUAAUUAUUUAUGGGUAAAAAUUAACUACAUUGUGUUCUAAAGGAGCCAGAAUGAAUAUGGCAAGUUUCAGGAACUUUCACUGAGCCUACUUGGCCUAAAUGUUAAAGAAUGCCAUGAACUUGAAAACAAUGGAGCUCUGAGCUUCAUUUUUUGUUCUAGUCACCACAAAAUUUAAGAAGAAAGAGGGCUAAAAACAUAUUGCAUUAUUCGAAAUUGUUCAUGUUUAUCUUUAGUGUCCCUUUAACACUCCAAGGUUAUCGAAUGCUCAGGUUGGCUAUUUCUUCUCUGUUCUUUAUCACCAAAUGACUGAGCUCUCAUGACGACUUUGGUUUUUGGUAGCGCUUGUCAUGGUCAAAGCUUAUGGACACCUGUAUCGCUCCUGUAGCGGUGAAAUAAGUCACAGCAAACAAUGCAAGUGCUGUUACCUGUAAUGUACAGCUGAGAAUGUCUUCGACCGCCACGAGCCGGUAAUUUAUGUGCCUGUCAUUGUUGCUCUUCACAUCACAGAAAUCAUCAGCUUCAGCAGUGGCCAGACUCCCAAUGCCAAAGCAAAGUUCAGCUCAUGCGUAGUCAGCAAGUCGAAGCCCCUGCUUUUCCAUGAGGCUGGUUGUAGAGUCAUGUGGUAGCAGUAGGAAGUCCUUGCAGAGCGCACAAAUUUAGAGUGCUUUGAAAUGCACUCUGGCAUCGUACAUGUUAUGCAGCCACAAUUUUACUUACUGACACUCUCUUGGCGAUUAGCUUGUAGCUGCCUAAAUAGUAAAUAGUGAAACUUUGCUUUCCCUUUUAGUAAAGUUGGCAGAACAGUUCAGCAUGAAGGUCCUUCUGCUGCAAUUGCCGAACAGAACAAAAGGGCCAUUUACUUUGCCCUUCUGCCUAAGCUUAUGCUGUUUGAAGCAACAUGUGGUUUGCUCCCUCAUGUUUCUGCCACUUGCAACAGUUAUUGCAUGGUUGACUUGGGAGGUACAACAUCAUUAUCUGAAGGAAGUCGCAGCAGUUGCUUGUUCUAGUCACAGAUGCCUGUGAUACGUUAGGCUGAGUACUUGGAGCCCUCGAGCCACUUUUCCUGCAGUCCCACUGCUUUAUUCUUGAGCACUUGUGGCAGUGCUCGUUACUCUGUAGUACUUUCUUUUUCUUAUUCAACGGUAACAGGUGUCUCAUAGUUAAGAGCAUGAGCCCUCGCUGCCGUGCGAAAGGUGCAUGGGAUUUCAUGGUUGACUACUCUUUAACACUGAUGCAGUACUUUAGCACUUCUUGCAUAAAAUUCUCCAAAACCGCGAUGCUUCUGUUGGACAUCUGUGCUUGGUGCUUAGUGGUGUGCUAGUUGGACUUUCCCUGGUUUCUAGCAUUGCCUGCAAAAUUUCAAGAACUCGAGAAGGUAAUCUGCAUAUACAGAUGUGGUUAUCUUUCUGAAGUACUGAAGGCAGAGCUUGCUUGAUAUCUUCUUGUGAAGCAGUAGUAGCGUGUCGUAAGUGCUUGGCAACACUCUCAAUGGUUCUAGACUUCAGGCUCCCGCUUUGCUUAUUGUAAAGCGUCCUCUCUCUCUUGAUGCUACAGAAGCUGUGCAUUGGGUGCAUGCCAAGCAAGCACAAUGCGUGCCUUUCAAUUAUUACAUCUUUACUGAAUUUCUCAGUGACAGUCUGCACCCCGAUGCUUUAGCUUGUUGCUAAAAAACAGCCCUUUGAUGGCAGCGCAGCUCUAUUUGUGAAGCAGCUCAUCAGGUGUUAGAAUUCGGAUGCUCAAAAUAGGACACUGGUGUGAACAUUCAGUUCAAGCCAGUUCCAUAACAUUGCCACGAGCGGUCUCCAUCGAAUUCAGCAUUUUGUAGCUUUUGGUAGUUUGAUAGCUAGAGGUGGUCGUUGAACUGUUAUGAUCAAUGGAGUAGUAAGAAGCUGUCUGUCAUGGUCGGUAAUAUUUCCGGUCACUGAUGAUGUUCCUGUUUUUUUUAAUGCUAGAUGGUUAAUUUUGAAGUUCAUGUAAUUCUUGAUUUUGUGUUGCAGAUCCUUUCAUUAUAAGUCACGCAAGAAGCUUGCACAGCUUUGAGCUCUUGAAUGUAUAUUUUAUUUUUGACUGUGAUUAACAGUCUCGGGCUUUUCUGAUUUCUUGAAGCAUGUAAAUGUUCAAGCUGAAAAGGACUGGCAGUUUUUUUGAAGCAGCUUAGUGACUUAGGUGAUGAUCCUGCUGAUAGCUUGGCGCUGGUCAGCCUGUUUCUUGUAGAGUACUUUCAUGGCGUUUGAGUGUCAGCGGCUGAAGUGUCUUGAGUUUCGGCACAAAGGAUUGUAUGAACACUAGCGCAUAGUUAGGAACUAAUGAGUAAGCGUGUCACAUGGAAGACCAUUUCUCUCUGUGUGAAAACUUAAUGAGGCAGUGAGAUCCGCAUGCACAUGCGUUACAGAAAAAAUUAUGCACACUCAGUGUCAUGUUGCCAAUGGUGAAAUAAUUUGCAAGGCUCACUUUGAACAGAGGUACGACAGUUGCAUUUAUUUUGUGCCAUGUUCAGUCCUAGUCCGCCAGUCCGGGUGACCCGCUUCGCACAUACUUUGCUGUCAGUCGCCACCACGGGUUGGUGGCGCUCUACUUGAAAAGAAUGCUCAACUAUACUCCAUUUCAGUAAUUCCUUGCAGCACUGGGGAAGCUGCAGGGCUCCUCAGCCAAUAAGAAGGCUGAACGCCCUUCACGCCCUUAGCCAGUUUUAGUAAGAUCGAAUGCCCUGAUAAAUGUUCACACAUGUCGUACCAUCUGCUCGGCAUCUAGUUGGCGUUUACUAGCCACCGUCAACAUGUACGUACCAUACUAGAGCGUAGUAGUAAAUUAUUGACGCAGUUAACAAUUAAGCCUUCGUAGCAUUCUGCAUCGUCAACGCAUCACCAACUCUAAUCCUGUGGCAGCACCUGCUAAAUUGAAAUCGAACCACGUUUACUGCAAUUGCACUGCCUCUGUAGUCCUAGCAGCAUCAAAACAAACAGCUGAUCUCAAUAGUAAUGACCAAAUAUACCUAAUGCUUUGUCCUCAGCGUGAAAUGAGACCAAGUGAUGGUAGAUUUUAUCAUUUAUUUGUUGCAGUCAGGGUGGGGAGCCAGUAACGAGCUCGAAUUAGGAUCAAAGUGGGCAGUCUGGUUUGCAUGGGGUGCUGCCAUGUUGCUGUGUAAUCGAGGUUAGGGUGGCUAUUAAUGUUACCAGCAAUAGCUGGCACAGUAAUUCGACGUGCAUGUGCAAAGAGUCUAAUAUCUUGUAUAUCGCUGCAAUGUAUCGUGUCAAGCACAAAUAAAUCUAAUCACACCGGUUAUCAGACAGUUAAGCCUGCGCAAAGAUAUUGCCUGUAUACACUUCUUAUCCGCUACAGUGCUGCAAACCACUUAGGAGAUGUAGUGUCAUGCACACAAGCACUCAGUGGACUCUGCUUUAAACUUCAUUUGUUACGUAAAGCGAACACGCUGCUAGCAGUGAAUGCACUGCCUAGUACCACCACUACUAAUAUAAACGAGGGGGACAACACAGUGAUGCAACGUUGGCUUCUUCUAGGUGCACUUUCUCCAACCUUUCACUUGGCACGUCAUACAACGGGUCACUGAAAGCCUCUGAUGGCUCACAGGCUACACAACAUGGUACACUUAUGUGCGCUGUCAACCAGGAUGUCAUAACUAUUUGUUGUCUGGGGCAAAGCUGUGCAUGACUGAUGAGACUCGUAGAGCUCGGACAAUUUUUUUUCAGUCAUGUGCAGAGUAGUUUGCAGCAUUAUUCUUGAAUUUAAUGGAAAAAUUUUACAUUAAGUUUGUGUGUGAGCAUGGACCAGUAGUGCUUUGUUGCUGGUCUGCAGCCAAUAUACGUUACAGUGAAAAAAUCGUGGUAAAGGGGAAAAGGUUGUUUUUAUAAACAUGUUAUAAGUUAAUUUCUAUGUAGCCUGUACAUUGUCUGCAUGUUCAGGUUUUGCUUGUAGUACAGGCCCUAGUUUCCUAUACACUUUCAUGCCAGCCCAUCCAUGCCAAGAAUACAGGGUGCCUGCCCAGAAUAGAAGAGACGACAUUAUAGAGUGGCAUGUGCUGUAGCUGGCCCUUUUAUCUGCACAGAUUCUAUUGCUUUAUAAAUCUAAGUGCCAGUAACAUUUUCACUGGCACAAACAGUCUGCCAAAAAUUGUGUCAGCAGUAAAUAAUAUGCAUACAAAAAAUAAACAAGCAUAAGAAACUUUUCGUUUAUUCUAAGGUGCUUCCGUGCACUUUCGUUCUAUAUUGAAGAGGUAUUGCAUGCUAGCCUUGUGACAAAGUAAUAUGGAACUUGAAAAGUGCAGCACAAAUACAUUUAUUGCCAUCAUUAGCAGCUAAAUAUUGUGGACCAUCCAUAGCAGUGGCUUCACUGCAAAAAUUUUGGCAUCAAUUGUCAGCCUUGGUCAUAACCUUCAAGGCAAAUUUAGUGAACAGAGAGCGAAAAAACUUGGCAAUGCUUCUAACAGCUUCUCAUGAUAAUCAACCAUUGAAUACUUCACACUGUUGCAGCACUUCAGCACCAUCUACGCCAAAGUAAUGCUCUUAAAGUCGCUAUCUUGCAUUUAUAAUCAAAACGAUGCUGAUCGAGCUUCCAAGAAUUGCAUGCUCUGUGAGCCUUCAGGAUGCAGUAUACAGUGGACAAUGCACACAUUACAUAGCAGUUGAAAUACAGCCACAUCAUAAUCUAUUGGCUGUCAGUGACGAUGCACAAAACAAGCUAACCGAAUUAAUAGCACGUGGUGCAUGAAGCUCUCGACCAGUGCAGUUGUCUGUGAAAAGCAAGCUACUGGAUUUCUAAAACGUUCUUAAAGUUUUAGUACUAAGCACAACAACAAAUAUGUGAGGACAGGCUCAUCUGUACUUUUCCCAGGAAGCGUAUGUCCAUAGCCAGUGUCACAGAUGAAAGUGUCUUUCGGCUCUGCAUGCAGCAGCUGGUGCUUUAUACUUGGCCACUGCUUCGUCCAGGCAAGCACAUUUUGUCAUGCUUUAGAACAGUUGCAGACACGCACACAUAACUUUUCAUCUUUUCUGCAAGCCGGCCACUGCUUGUGUGUGGCUUAGGUAUUCUGGGCAGGCAAUGCCCCUACGGGCUCCAUGGGUGAAAUAGGAAGCCAAUCCGGGAGGUAGAAUGGCAGGGUGCUUCCGAAGGGAUCACGAUGGCAUAGAAAGUAUGUAAGGGGCUAAGCACAGGCUCACUUGUGGUUGUACUUGUUUUGUAUUAUAAUAAUGCCUCACCAUUAGCAAUGUAUAAGGCUGUUAUAUUGUACCACUGUGCAAGAAAUAUUCUGAAAGGUUCUUUUACAUGUAUAUAUCUAGUCACUGUAUAAUGUAAUACAGUAGCUUUUAUUUUUACCCAAGGAAGAUGAUGUGUCACUCCACUUGCCUCUAACAUAUUUGUUAGUUUUUUCCACUCAAUUAUUUAUUUCUCAUGAAUACAAAUGUUACCAACGGACCCUGUAUCCUAUAUGGCAAAUUACUGCAGCAUAUAUGCAUAAUAAACUGUGUUCUGCCCUUUCUGUAGUA